AUGUUAAAUAGCUGGGCGGGUUACUUGGCUGACAAUGCGCUGUAUCCUUUGAGCCAGAUAUCACUGGCCUCUCCGACUGCGAGCGAUAAUUCGACAAAUGUGGCCGCCAAAGGGAUCAUCGGGAUUGGGGCGAUGGGGGCUAUUGAUAAAAUGUUGAAUUAUGGCAGCAACAGCUCUGUCAAUUACUCGUCGAUGGCUAUCGAAUACGCCUCGCAUUGGGAGUCGCUAGCCUUUGUCACGUCCAAUGGCCAGACGCAUCUAACUUCGACAUAUGGAGGUCCGGAGUCCUCCUGGACACUGGUGGACUCACUAUUUGGCGAUAAAUUACUUGCGAUGGGGGUGAUAAGUUCCCAGGUUUAUGAUGCCCAGACCCAAUUCUACGAGCAAUUGAUGAAUGAUAAUGCUGCCUCCUAUGGAUAUGGACUUCCUAUGGAUGAAUCGUCGAAGAUUGGGAACUCAGCGGCUUUGGCAAUGGUUGCCGCAACCAUGACAAACGCAAGUACUCGCGCUCAAAUUCUGUCCAGCGUAGCUUCGUACGCUGCAUUGCCAUUGUCACUCAACAUUUUCCCCACUUCCUACUAUGUCUCAAAUGGAUCAUACGUUUCGGGCCCGGCAAGUCCUGCUCAAGGUGCACUCUUUGCGCCUAUGGUAUUGAGUCUAUUGAUACCACCAACAAAUAGCACAACGCCCCCUGCGUCUUACACUCCCGGAUCUACACCAGCCAAGUCACACACGAGUUUAGGCGUCAUUCUUGGGGCUGUUUUUGGAAGCGUCGCGGGGCUCCUGAUUAUUGCCAUCGCCGCUGUGAUGUUCAUACGUCGCAGGCGAUACAAGGCCGUCCCAAAUGACUUGCCUAUCUCCUCGCCUUCAUUCCAAUAUGAUACGGUUACACCGUUCAUCCCCUCGGAGGACGGCGUUUCAGGAUCGUACGUCUCGCCGGACGAGAGUUUGCAGACAUCGAAAACGAAAGAAAUUCACCAGGAUAUGGUGACAUCGCCAUUCUCAGCGACCUCUCCCCUAUCCUCUACACAGGCGGGAAACACGGCAACGGAGGGCGCGGCUGCAGAUGGCCCGGCUACCGAGGGUGUGGGGUCGCCUUUGAGGCAGCCUGGUGAGGGGCCAAGCAGAAACCACGUUAUGACCGAACUCCGUACGGAAGUGUUACAGCUGCGCCAGUUCAUGCAGAGUAUGAAUGAGCGGCUGCAGGUCGAACCCCCUCCCACAUAUUCGGAAUAG